GGUUCGUCCGUCUGUUUUAUCUUCUACCCGUUCGCUGCCCCCGCCCUGUAAUGGACAUUCGCGCCUUCCGUCCUAAUCGAGUAACGCCAUCAGCACUCGUGCACCGACGAUACCAACUACGCCAAAAAGCAACCUUCUCGACAUCUCCUGCAAGACAUUUUCCCACAAAAUCCUCGCCACUUCUCCCUUCAAACAAGCCUCGUCACCCUCCCGUACCCCAUCGCCCUUCCGCUCCCAUCGCACCGACCCCAAAGCGCCGGGAAUGCAGCUCGCGGCCCACGUGCCACGCGUGCAACCCGUGCUGCCCAUCUGUACAACAUGGGUUCGGCGAGAGCAGCGCCCUGGAAGUACGGGAUGAGAGACGCGUGGUACAGAAGGGCGCCCGAGCUCGCAGAGCACAGGGCGGAGUACAGGAUGGAGUGAGACACGAGGCCUGGAUCUGUGCGUAGGCCAGUGAAGUGUCUGCGGAGUCGUUCGGCUGCUUU